GCCUCUAGAACAUCUGCGUACGCUGUUAGUCAAUUUCAACCAGCUCAGUAAUGGGCAGGCGCGGCACUGGAUCAACGUCUUCGCCUCACUACCCGCCUUGGACACAUUUGGCCUGGCCAACAACUCGAUCUCAGGCAUACCUGCCGAGGUCAUCCCACCGUCUAUGGAGACCAUUGAUCUGAGGUCCAAUCCACUGGGGUGCUGCACCAUCAUACAACUGCGUACGUACCCGUCGCUGUACGGUGUGGAGUUCUACUACGACAACCAGUGCUACGAAAGCGAAGAGGGCGGGACUGAGUACACGCCACUUGUGAACAUGGCCGAGAUCUACUUGGGAGGG